AUGCAGAAUCCUUACAACCAACUUACUAACGACACCACGGGGGCCAGAGAAAAAUCUUCUCAAGGUGGACCAUUCGGGCAAAGUCUUAAUAGCCCUUUAGGUUACGCCGGAUCUUUCCCUUCUCUAACUUACAACAAUGAUAACUUUAUGCGCAGUCAACAGCCACCACUGCCUUUGCCGGAAUCACAUUUGUCUUGGGAUAACGUUAACCAGGUGUCCAACCCUUUGAUGGUAGCACCACUUCCGGGGUUACAUAAACAUGUGACCAAAAAUAUCAGAAGGAAAUUACCAAAGGUAUCCAAAAAGGCUUCGAGCCCUUCUAAUGCGAUACCCAGCAAGUUAUCUAGCGGUAGUAAUACGGCGGGGAAGGGCGUUUUAGGUUCGACAUCGGGAUGGAAAGUUGGAAUGGAUGGCAAUGAUGAAUUAGAGAAAAGAAGGAGAAGGGCUGAAAGAUUUAGUCAGGAUCCAUCGGCUAUGACGAAUAGUAACGACAACCUGAACGAGGACUUUGCGAACCUGAAUGCGAUCAGUAGCAAAUCUCACAAGUAUGAUAAAAAGAUUCAUUUGGUGGGGCGUUGUCAAGCUUUGGAGAAAUCGUAUUUAAGAUUAACAUCAGAGCCCAAUCCUGAUUUAAUUAGGCCCCCCAACAUCCUACAAAAAACGUACUGUUUACUAAUGGAGAAGUAUCAAUCUAAAGUGGCGACUUAUACUUAUCUUUGCGACCAAUUCAAAUCAAUGAGACAAGACUUAAGAGUGCAAAUGAUUGAGAACUCGUUUACCAUCAAAGUUUACCAAACACAUGCACGGAUUGCCUUGGAGAAUGGAGACCUCGGGGAAUUUAAUCAAUGUCAAAACAGGAUCAUGGCCCUGUUCGAAAAUCCCACAAUACCGAAAAAAUCAUAUUCGGAAUUUGUGUGCUAUUCCAUUCUGUAUUCGAUGUUAACAGAAGAUUAUCCAUCGAUUUCUCAAUUGAAACUGAAGUUGAUAGAUGAUGGUGCAUCGCAAAUCUUGGGGGAUGAGCACGUUAAGCUGAUAUUUGAGUUAAGCAAUAUGAAAUUAAUUGGGAAUUAUCACUAUUUCAUGAAAAACUACUUAAAACUGCACAAAUUUGAAAAAUGUUUAAUUAAUUCGUUUUUGAGUCUACAAAAAUUGAAAUUCUUGACUAUAGUUUGUAAAAGCUAUAAUCAAAUCAAUUUGGACUUCAUAAAAAGUGAGUUUAAUUUCACAAGCAUAGAUGAGACUAUAAAUUUCUUGAGCGAGCAAAACUUGAUGGAGUACAUAGUGACCAAGCAAAUUAUUGGCAGUAAUGGCAAGAUGAAUAAUAUCAAGAUUUUAGAUACCAGGGGUUGUAGGGUACAGUUGAUACAAAAUUUUAAGAAAUUUAGAAAAAUUGAUAUAAAGGGACAAAAAUGA